AUGUCAGACAGUAAGCCAAAGGUUCUCUUGUUUGAUAUUGGUGGUGUUUGUGUUGUAUCGCCUUUCCAAGCCAUCCUUGAUUAUGAGUUAAGCCUGGGCAUUCCUCCGGGAUGGGUCAACUACUCGAUAUCUCGAACCGCCCCUAACGGCUUUUGGCACCGACUGGAGAAAGGUGAAAUACCUAUGGAUAAGUCUUUCUUCGAAGGAUUCAGCCGAGACCUUCAUGACCCAGCAAGAUGGGAAGCUUUUUAUAAGAGAGAGCAAGGCAAAACCCCUAGCCUUCCAAAAGAAACACCGCCUGUGCCAACGAUCGACGCAGAAUGGCUAUUCAAUGAAAUGAUGACUGUAUCGAACAGCCCUGACCCUUGGAUGUUCCCGGCACUGAAGAAGCUCAGAGAAAACGGGCAGUUUAUCCUGGCAGCUUUAAGUAACACUGUCAUCUUCCCACCUGGCCACAAGCUUCACCUCGAUCACUUUUUCGAUGAACCUGUUCGACAAAUAUUCGACGUAUUUGUAUCGUCAGCUCACGUUGGAAUUCGAAAGCCCGACCCAGCCAUGUAUAAGCUUGCCGUUGCCAAAGUAGACGAAUUUGCCAAAACCAAUGCGCAGUCACCUCGUGCGAAAGGUCGAAACUGGGACGCUGGAGUUAAGCCAGAGGAGAUUGCUUUUCUUGAUGAUAUUGGGGAGAAUCUUAAGGAAGCUCGGAAACAGGGGCUGCGGACGAUUAAGGUGAAUCUUGGCAGGGCAUUUGAAGCUGUUGACGAGCUUGAGCGGGUUACUGGAAUGAAGCUCGCUGGCGAUCACCCGAGGAUACCUGUUGAGCCCAAGUACGGAAAAUUUAAGGCGAAGAUGUGA